AUGAGACCAACGGGAGCAUCAGCAUCGGCACGAGGCGUACUGGUAGUCCUGCUGGUAAUGCUGGCUAAUCUCGCUCGUGCACAGAUCGACUGGGCCGAGGACGACGAUGAUCCAGUGUCUACGGUGACAGUUGAGGCGGUCCUCGGACGGACGGCAACCUUGCCGUGUGACAUCGAACCGGAGGAACUGAACGAUCGUGUGUACAUGGUGCUUUGGUUUCGGGAAAGUGCCGGCAAACCAUUGUACAGCUAUGACGUACGGGGGAGACAAUUCUCCAAGGCACUCUAUUGGUCGGAAACGAGCGCCUUCGGUCCGCGGGCGUACUUCGUGACGAUCUCCAAACCGGCGGCACUCAGCGUGGACAACAUCCAGCUCGACGACGAAGGGGUGUAUCGCUGCCGAGUGGAUUUCCAAAACUCGCCCACAAGAAAUCAUCGCAUCAACCUGACCGUAACCGUGCCACCGCAUCAGAUCCUCGUGUACGACGCUUCCGGACUGGACGUAACUGGCGCGAUUGGACCACUGCAGGAGGACGAUAAUCUGGUGCUUACCUGUGAAGUUCGCGGAGGACGUCCGGAACCAACCGUCACCUGGCUGAACGGGGACGAAAUCAUGCAGACGGGCGGUGGAAUCUCGAUGGGACGCCACGUUACCGUCAAUCGGUUGGAAAUACCGAAAAUGACACGAUCGGCACUGAACAAUACGUACAAGUGUCAGGCAUCGAACACAAAGCUGGUGCCACCGGCCGAGCGCAGCAUACGGGUGGAUAUGUUGCUGAAACCUCUAUCGGCAGCAUUGUCCUCGAAACCGAAACAGUUGAUAUCGAACCAGGAGUACGUGCUGGCGUGCAAUGUGGAAGGUUCCGUGCCGGAGACGGACAUCAAAUGGAUGCAAAACAAUCGACCCUUCACAAAGGGAAAGAUAAAAAUCAUCAAUAACAGCUCGAUGGUGUCGUCGGUCCUGAGCUUCCGGCCACAUCCCGACGACGACGGCACAAUCCUCAAGUGCGAAGGUUCCAAUCCACGCCUACAAAACUCCGUCCUGGAAGAUUCGGUCAUCAUGAACGUGCUUUAUCCACCGCAAGUGACACUGUCGCUAGGAUCAACGCUUAAUCCCGACGACAUCAAGGAAGGCGACGACGUCUACUUCGAGUGUCACAUUAAGGCAAAUCCGAGGGAGCAUCGCAUUACAUGGUCACACGAUGGUCUGCCAGUCACGCAAAACGUUACCUCCGGUGUUAUCAUCUCAACGCGAUCCCUAGUACUGCAGCGCGUCGGAAGAUUUCACUCCGGCAGCUACGCCUGUGCGGCGGCCAACGAUCGCGGUGAAACACAGAGCGAUCCAGUUGCCCUAAAGAUACACUUUGCACCGGUGUGCAUAUCAAACAGUAUCAUGAUCGUCGGUGCAUCGCUGGACGAAACCGUACCGGUACCGUGUCACGUAGCGGCCGAUCCGCUGGACGUGUCCUUUGAUUGGAACUUUUCCAACAGUGGCGAACGGUUCGAGGUGGCCAGCGGUCAGUUCAAUCUGCUGCAGGAGUUCCAUUCCGAGGGCAUCACCCAAUCCCGGUACGAUGCCGAUGAGGAUAAUUCAGAAACCAUCUACGAGCUGCUGUACACGCCGAAAAGUGAACGUGAGUACGGUACGUUGGCAUGCUGGGCGAAGAAUUCGAUCGGCAAGCAAGUGGAACCGUGCCUGUUUCAAGUAGUUCCUGCAGCCAAACCUGCACCACUGCGCAACUGUACGCUGCGUCCGUACUCGACCCUGAUGUCCACCGGUCAGCACGGACAGAAUGGUUCCGCAGCGUCAGCAGCAUCCGCGUACUUGUACACGUACGGCGACCCACCGAACCAGCCAGCCGGCCGACAUCCAGGUCAGCACUACCGGGACACUAAUUACAUUGGGCCACAAUUCGUUAAAGAUCGGAACGUGCCACCCGACCGACGGAAUGUUACAGUGAAAUUUAAUCAGAAAAAUCCCAACCUCCCCGGGGGUUCCGCUGGUCCUGCUUCCUCUUCCUCCUCCUCCUCCUCCGUCCGCUCGUCAGCGAAAGCUUCCGGGAUGGUUUCGAGCCGUCGAGAUCGGCGUAACCGCACCGGCGGCGGUUUGCCUUCGAUCCGCGACACCGAUAUCGCCCGUCUAACCGCGGACAGUGAGGACGGCGGUGAGAGUGGUCCCGGAACCGGAUCAAAGGAACCACCACUUUCUGCCCAUCCUCCUCUUCCACCUUUACCACCACGUCCGCUUCCGUCCCAAUCGACGGAUAUGCUGCGGCGGCGUGUUGGCAGCUCUAGCACGAGCGAAGAGCAAAACAGUCGAACGAACCUGCUAAACACGGCAACGGCUGUCCUGCUCGGUGAGGGAAGCUCGGCAGCCGUCCUGGCGUCCUCCGCAACCGGGAGCGAUCCGACCGAGCAACAGCGCGCCAGUCGUCUGCGCCGAUACACCAACGGCAUUCAACGCAACGCCAGCCUAUCGGCAGCCGUCAGCCGAACCAGCGAAAACACCAUCAGCAGUAGCAAUCAGCUUUCGCAUCUGCAGCAGCACAGCGACGAACGGGCUCGAGGUGGAAAUAAUUAUCACUCGUCAGCCAAUGCAGCAGCAGCAGCAGUGGCAUCCGCACCACCGAUUGCAUCGCAAUUAAGAUCGAAAACGAUACGCCACCAAUCGACGCUCGCCCCCUCGUCCCCACCGUUCGCCGCGUCCCUCUCCUCCUACGGGGGUGGAUUUUCCGGUGUGAAUGGCGCCACCGGACACGGGCCCACUUCCUACGGAGGCAAUCAUCAUCAGCAUCACUACGCGUCGCCCGCGGACGGUGGUGGCGUUGGUGGCAUCUCAGCUUCCGGUGCUGGGGCGAACGAGCUGCAACCGACGAUGAUGGAGCUCGAGUGUGUCGCCGGGUAUGACGGUGGCCUGCCGCAGCACUUUUUUCUCGAGGCGUACGAUUCCCGGACGCGCAAAUUGCGCCUAAACAUCACAAGUGCCCUUAACGACGUUCCGCUUUUCCGGAUCGACCUAACUGAACUAAGUCCCAGCGAAGCCUACACACCCACACUACACCUGAUAGCGUACAGCGUGAAUCAGAAAGGUCGUUCCGAGCCGACGAUCCUGGAGGAUAUAGCAAUUAAUGAAGCUGAAAAAAGGACCGAUGGAACAGAAGGCUUCGCCAUACUUCCAUUUGCGGCAUUGUUAACCGGUGCGCUCUUUACCAUCGGUAUUGCUGUCCUGCUGGUCGUCGUUCUUGCAAUCCGCCGAAAGCGAGACGGUCACGGUGGUGGCCUAUGUGAUGGCAAGGAGAAGCAUAUCGGUAUGGACAUUACCGUGACGACACCUCUCGAGAUGGGUAUGGGACAGCAGAAAUACGUUGUCGCCUACACGCUCAAGCAGGGUGUCGAAAAGCAGCCGGACAUUCUGAACGCCCAAAAGACGGGUUCGGCCAGCGUGCAGUCGAUAAAGGACAUGGGCCAAAAGAUGGGCUCCCCGCUGGGUGUGCGAGGUCCACCGACCGGCACAAUAUACGCCACACCGGGUGGCUAUGACCAGCAAAAAUCAACCCCUUCCAGUCGGCAGAGUACACUGAAGCGUACGGAUGCUUCCGCUAACAGCUACUGUCUGCUACAGCAGCAGCAGCAGCAGCAGCAGCAGCAACAACAGCUAACCAGCACUAGUAGUACCAGCAAAUACCCAGGAGAGCUGAUCGAGUACGAGAAGCCGUACACGAACUAUCAGCACACACUGCAGUACAACCACAAUCCGCCACCGCUCGUUGACCCGUACGCGUACAAGAGUUCCCCGUUGGGUAGUAUCCCCGGGGAGCAUCAGCAAACGUCGGCCGGCGAGCCUGGCGUGGCGUCCAAUCCGGGCUUUGAGUAUCGGAGCAGCAGCCGCAGCAGUAGCGGUAACCUCAAACAAGCGGCCACCACCUUGAACGGUGCCGGAAAUCCUGAGUACCGAUACUCGGGCUCGGAAUUCGUCACCGAUCUGCUCGACUUUAGCAGUGCACCAUCACCGUCGUCCGGUUCGACUGUUGGGGCAACGCUAACGAAGACACGCAACCGUCAGCACAUCAUCACCGACACACUCCCGGGGCCGGAGAGUUGCGUGUAGGCUGUAUAACGAUCUCGCCACUAAUCCGGAAGCGCUUCG